GCAGGUGCCGGGGGCAGCCGCCGCCGCGGGGCCGCGCUCCGCCAGCGCCUGCCUUGAGCGGACCGGGGCCGCCGCCGCCGGGGGCCGCUGCCGGCUCUGCCCGCUCCUGCCGGCCCCUGCCUUGGGACUUACCUCACGCCUCCGCCACACCUCAGGACGAUAACGCGGAGACCGCCGCCAUGCCCGACUCGCCGGCCGACGUGAAGACGCAGGCGCGCUCCUCGCCGCCCAGCAUGCCCCCGCCCGCCGCCCAGGGAGCCUCCCGCCACCCCUCCUUCACUCCCAGCACCAAUCGAGACGCUGGCCCUCCGACGUUUCUGCCUCGCGGCCGUUUUCAUGGUUGCUUGAAAUGGUCGAUGGUCUGUCUUUUGAUGAACGGGAGCAGCCACUCGCCAACCGCCAUCAAUGGGGCUCCGUCCACCCCCAACGGGUUCAGCAACGGGCCAGCCACCUCCUCCAGCGCCUCCCUGUCCACCCACCAGCUCCCUCCAGCCUGUGGUGCCCGCCAGCUCUCCAAGCUGAAGCGCUUCCUCACCACCCUGCAGCAGUUUGGGAACGACAUCUCCCCCGAGAUCGGGGAGCGGGUGCGCACCCUCGUCCUGGGGCUCGUGAACUCCACCCUCACCAUCGAGGAGUUCCACGCCAAGCUCCAAGAGGCCACCAACUUCCCGCUGCGACCCUUCGUCAUCCCCUUCCUCAAGGCCAACCUGCCGCUGCUGCAGCGGGAGCUGCUGCACUGCGCCCGCAUGGCCAAGCAGACCCCGGCCCAGUACCUGGCCCAGCACGAGCAGCUGCUGCUGGACGCCAACGCCUCCUCUCCCAUCGACUCCUCCGAGCUGCUCCUGGAGGUGGGCGAGAGCGGCAAGAGGAGGACGCCAGACAGGACCAAAGAGAACGGUUUGGACCGAGACCCCCUGCACCCCGAGCACCUCAGCAAGCGGCCGUGCACCAUGAGCCCAGCGCAGCGCUACAGCCCCAGCAACGGGCUGAGCCACCCCCCAAACGGGCUGGGGCACCCCCCCGCCGGCCCCCCCCUGCCCCAGCACUACCGCCUGGAGGACAUGGCCAUGGCGCACCACUACCGGGACAGCUACCGGCACCCCGAGCCCCGGGAGCGCCCGCGGCCCGCCGCCGUGCACGGGACGCGGCAGGAGGAGGUGAUCGACCACCGGCUCACGGACCGGGAGUGGGCCGAGGAGUGGAAGCACCUCAACAAUCUGCUGAACUGCAUCAUGGACAUGGUGGAGAAGACGCGGCGCUCGCUGACGGUGCUGCGGCGGUGCCAGGAGGCCGAUCGCGAGGAGCUCAACCACUGGAUCCGGCGCUACAGCGACGCCGAGGACAUGAAGAAAGGCAGCCCCCCCUCAGCACGGCCCCACAACUCCUCCUCCUCGGCCGCCGCCGAGGCUCCCCAGUUAGACGCUCACCGGGACUUCGCGCCGCGGCCGCUCUCCGGGUACAUGCCCGAGGAGAUCUGGAGGAAGGCUGAAGAAGCCGUGAACGAGGUGAAGCGCCAGGCCAUGUCCGAGCUGCAGAAGGCCGUGUCGGACGCCGAGCGCAAGGCCCACGAGCUGAUCACCACCGAGCGCGCCAAGAUGGAGCGGGCCCUGGCCGAGGCCAAGCGCCAGGCGUCCGAGGAUGCCCUCACUGUCAUCAAUCAGCAGGAGGACUCGAGCGAGAGCUGCUGGAACUGCGGGCGGAAGGCGAGCGAGACGUGCAGCGGCUGCAACACGGCGCGCUACUGCGGCUCCUUCUGCCAGCACAAGGAUUGGGAGAAGCACCACCACGUCUGCGGGCAGACUCUGCAGGGGCUGCCGGGCCCCGCCGCGCCCGGGCCGGGCCAGCCCGACGCGGUGCCCGCCGUGGCCAGCAGCCCCAGCGAGGCGGGCUCGGUGGCCGCGUCCCGCGCCGGCACCCCGGCCACGCCGGCGCCGCUGGACAGCGCGUCCCGCUGAGCAAAGCCACGCACUGACUGACUGACUGCACCCCGUGCAAUUUCCUCAGCUACCUGACUGACUCGUGUGACCUCCGAAACGACCUCUCUAGCUCUCACAACUAAUCCUCACGGAUCCUCAAACUGGGCUUUAAGUGGAGUUAAGGCAAAUACCGGUCUCUGUUCUUUCUUCAGUCUUUGUUUUGGCUUUUUUUCGGUUGGUUUUCUAUCGGCUGGGGGAUUGUGGUUUGGGAUUUUUUUGGGUUUUUUGGCUGGUUUUGUUUUUCUUUUUUUGCUCUUUGGAUGAGGGAUUUGGCUCCAGCAUCACCAAUCAGUGCUGUGGGGAGAGACCAGCCUGAUCCCACCCCCCAUCAGUGCUGCAGAGGGGCUCACUUGGAGGAGGAAAGAACCUGCUUUUCUUCAUCUCUCUCUUCCUAUUUUUUUAUUUUUUCUUUUUACCUUUUUUUUUUUUUUGUAAAAAAAAUAAAGAAAAUAAAAAAGAAAACGUCGGACUCUUUGGCUUUAAGUAAGAAAUUGUAAAAAAGAAAAAAAAAAAAAGAAAAAAAAAAAAGGAAAAAUCCAAAAACCAGACGACGCGUGACGGACGCUCACCUGUAACUACCUUGCUAGCUAGCCAAGAACAGACCAGACUCACCUCUGCUCCAAAGGAAAUCCAAAACCAAGGAAGAUCCAAACGUCUCUCCACUGCCAAAGUUCGUUUCGUUCUGUUGUCGCUUCCUUCCCCUCCCCACAAGGAUGGAUGGACAUGCCCCUGGGGCUUUAAAGAAUUUCUAUUAAAAUAAAGCAAAAAAAAAAAAAAAAAAAAAAAAGGUGUUUUUUUACUAAAACCCCAACCCCCAAGGCGUGGGAGGGGGAGAUGGGGCUGAGAACCGCAGCCGGAGCCGGCACCUCUCUACCUCUGCCCGCCACCACCCUGGAAAAGGAGAACAAAAAGGAGAUUAAAAAGAAAAAAAAAAAGAGAAUAAUAAUAAAAAAAAAUUUCAAAAAAAAGGGAAGUUAAAAGAUGGAUUUUGGGUUUCUCCCUCCCCAAAGCCGUCGGGGGACCCCCCAUCCCUUCACUGCCAGGCUGCUCCCACACCCCGCGCUGGAUUUGUUUCACAAGGAUUUUUAAGAGGAAAAGGAAAGGAAAAGGAAAGGAAAAGGAACGCUGCCGCCUUCCUGGCCAAGGACAAUGUGGAUUAUUGGGAUUCUUGCCUCGCUGGAGCAGCACGGAGGAGGAAGUGCAAUAGGGGAAGCCCGAGCUCCGAGCGGAGGCAGCAGUGCUGUGCGCUAAUGUGAAUGUAAAUAGUGUCUGCAGAGGUCCAAAAAUGAACCAUAAUAAUAAUAAUAAUAAUAAUAAUGAUGCUAGUGAUAAUAAUAAGAGACGUUUGCCAAAUAAAGGAUGAGGAGGAAGCGUGGAGCCGUGGCGCUGGCCCCAGCAGGCCUGGCAUCGAGAGGAGCUGUAGUUUUUCUGCAUUUGCAAAACCCAUCCUGUGUGUUUUCCGUAGGGGAGGAAGAGGAGGGAAGGGCUCGGGGCUGGGGGGGUUGUGCUGCCGGUCACAGGGCUGGGCUGGGCCACAGCAGAGCUUGGCACACGCCAAGGGUGAUGGCCCUGUGCCGCUGUCACCCAGCCCUGCUGGGGGUUCUGUGCGCCCCAAGGCCUUGGUGCAUCCCCUGGGAGGGCUCUGUGCACCCCAAAAUCUUGGUGCGUCACCUUGGAUGAGUUCUGUGCACCCUGAGACCCCGGGGGGUUUCUGUGCACCCCGAGAUCUCUCUGAAUCCUUCCAGGGUUGUUGUUCUGUGGUCUCAGUGCAUCCCCCCCAGGAGGUUUCUCUGCUCCUCAAGAUCUUGGUGCACCCUCCUGGGAGGGUUCUGUGCACCCCAAGAUCUUGGUGCAUCCUCCUGGGAAGGUUCUGUGCACCCCAAGAUCUUGGUGCACCCUCCUGGGAGGGUUCUGUGCACCCCAAGAUCUUGGUGCAUCCCCCCAGGGGUUUCCUGUGCACCCCAAGGUCUUGGCCCAAUCCCGGGGACGUUUCUGUGCCCCCCAAGACCUCGGUGCACCCCCUGGGUGGUUUCUGUGCCCCCACCCCAACCCCGGGAGCUUCACCGGGUGCCCCUCCCGUGACUGUUCACUUUAUUUAUGGUGUGACAUAUGUAAUAUUGUCUAUUUUUCUUACGUUUCCUGAGAAGAGGUAAUAUAUAAGAGUAUUGCAGAUGCCCCUGCUCGCCCGGGUGUCGGGCCCGUCCCCGCCGUGUCCCCGCCUGUCCCCGCCCGUCCCCGCCGCCCCCGGCCCCGCUCCUGCCGGGGCUCUGCCUCUCUACCUCCACCUCGCCGGGAAACCGGGGGCGAGAUCCCUUGCCCAGGGUCUGCUCUCCUUUCCGCUCCGCUCCCUGCUGGUUUGCUUUUUUUUUUUUUUUUUCCGAAUUAUUUUAAUUUUUUUUUUAAUUUUAAUUAAGAAUAAAACUACCCUACAGAACCUUGCAUUGAAACCAAAAGCCGAGGGAGGGGAGGGAGGGCACGGCGGUGACGGGCGGCCAAACCAGAACGACAGCUUUAAAUGUCAGAUUUCCCAAAAAAAAAAAAAAUAGAAUUGUGCUGCGGGGAGGACGGAGCGGCCGCGGGGCUGCGGCGAUGCUGUGGGCGCUUCCCUGGGGGUUUGCUCCGAAAUGGUGGUGCUGGGAACCAAGGGACCUGUGCCCCUUUGGUGGCACCUCGGAGGUGGCAGCGUGGUGCUGGCACAGCCUGGCCGGGCCGGGGGCCGUGGGACAGCCUGGGGACACGGGGUGCCACAUCGGGGACACGGGGACAGCGUGUGGCAGGUGCCCGUGCCCGGGGCGCUGCUGUGGCGCUGGGAGGUGGCAGGAGGGACGUGGCUCUCUCGGGGUCCCCUCUCCAGCCCCUUCCUCUCGCUCCCAACCCACAAUCCCAGCUGAAACCAAAGUGCCGCGUCCCGGCGAGGCUGGAGCAGGGUCCCACACCUGCCUGGCCUUCGCUCCAUCACUGCCAGAGCCCCCCGAACUCCCCUGCAGCAUUUCUUCCUCCUCCUCCUCCUCCGGGGGCUGCUGGGUCCCCCUCCGCAUCCCAGCGUUUCUGAGGCUGGGGACAGGAUGCCGCUGUGUCCCCCGGUGCCGGGCACUGUGAUGGGGUGUCCCCCGGGCGGUGGCAGCCCCGGGGGCUCCUCCGAUGUCACCGAGCACCACGGCCCCGGCGGGGAGGGGGUGCCGCUGUCCCCCGUCCCUGGCGGCCGCUUCCCCGAGCCCUGCCCUGCCAGCCCCGGCCUGGGGACACCGGGGGGCUGGAAAGCAGAGCCCCCGGCCGGGCCAGGCGUGGGGCCAGCCCACGACGAGAGAUGACGUGGUAGGACUUUCCUUCGGCAUGCUGUCCCCCCUUGCUGUUCCCCGCUUUCUCUAAGUGUACUGUAUGUUUGACCUGUGAAAGAUGUAAACUUUAUGAUUCAGGUUAUGUCUGUUCUUAACUCUGUAUCUGUGUAAUAAAGACAAUUUAAUAUCAACCAGA